AUGCCGCGGAGGGGCGCGGAGGCGCCGCUGGCCCUGCUGCUGGCGGCGGCGUGGCUGGCGCAGCCCCUGCGCGGGGGCUACCACGGCGGGGGCAUGUUCGCCGUGCAGACGGCUCAGCCCGACCCCUGCUACGACGAGCACGGGCUGCCCCGCCGCUGCAUCCCCGACUUCGUCAACUCGGCCUUCGGGAAGGAGGUGAAGGUGUCGAGCACCUGCGGGAAGCCGCCGUCGCGGUACUGCGUGGUGACGGAGAAGGGCGAGGAGCAGGUCCGCUCCUGCCACCUCUGCAACGCCUCCGACCCCAAGCGCGCCCACCCGCCCUCCUUCCUCACCGACCUCAACAACCCCCACAACCUGACCUGCUGGCAGUCCGACAGCUACGUCCAGUACCCCCACAACGUCACCCUCACCCUCUCCCUGGGCAAGAAGUUCGAGGUGACCUACGUCAGCCUGCAGUUCUGCUCGCCGCGCCCGGAGUCCAUGGCCAUCCACAAGUCCAUGGACUACGGCAAGACCUGGGUGCCCUUCCAGUUCUACUCCACGCAGUGCCGCAAGAUGUACAACAAGCCCAGCCGCGCCGCCAUCACCAAGCAGAACGAGCAGGAGGCGGUCUGCACCGACUCGCACACCGACGUGCGGCCCCUCUCCGGCGGCCUCAUCGCCUUCAGCACCCUGGACGGUCGCCCCACGGCCCACGACUUCGACAACUCGCCCGUGCUGCAGGACUGGGUGACGGCCACCGACAUCAGGGUGACCUUCAGCCGCCUCCACACCUUCGGCGACGAGAGCGAGGACGACUCCGAGCUGGCCCGCGACUCCUACUUCUACGCCGUCUCCGACCUGCAGGUCGGCGGGCGCUGCAAGUGCAACGGCCACGCGUCGCGCUGCGUGCGGGACCGCGACGACAGCCUGGUGUGCGACUGCAAGCACAACACCGCCGGCCCCGAGUGCGACCGCUGCAAGCCCUUCCACUACGACCGGCCCUGGCAGAGAGCGACCGCCCGGGAGGCCAACGAGUGCGUGGCCUGCAACUGCAACCUCCAUGCCCGGCGCUGCCGCUUCAACAUGGAGCUCUACAAGCUGUCGGGGCGCAAGAGCGGUGGCGUCUGCCUCAACUGCCGGCACAACACUGCAGGGCGGCACUGCCACUACUGCAAGGAGGGCUUCUACCGGGACCUCAGCAAGCCCAUCUCCCACCGCAAGGCCUGCAAAGAGUGUGAUUGCCAUCCCGUGGGCGCCGCCGGCCAAACCUGUAACCAAACCACAGGCCAAUGUCCCUGUAAGGACGGUGUCACCGGCAUCACGUGCAAUCGAUGCGCCAAAGGCUACCAGCAAAGUCGGUCUCCCAUUGCCCCCUGCAUAAAGAUCCCUGCUGCCCCCCCCACCACUGCUGCCAGCAGCACGGAAGAGCCUGCAGAUUGUGACUCAUACUGCAAAGCCUCCAAGGGGAAACUGAAGAUCAACAUGAAGAAGUACUGUAAGAAAGACUAUGCUGUCCAGAUCCACAUCCUGAAAGCGGAAAAAAAUGCCGACUGGUGGAAGUUCACGGUGAACAUCAUCUCUGUCUACAAACAAGGGAGCAACCGGAUACGGCGCGGAGACCAGACCCUGUGGAUCCACUCCAAGGACAUCGCCUGCAAGUGCCCCAAAAUCAAACCCAUGAAGAAGUAUUUGCUGCUGGGCAACAACGAGGACUCUCCCGACCAGAGCGGCAUCAUUGCGGACAAAACCAGCCUGGUGAUUCAGUGGCGGGAUACGUGGGCUCGGCGGCUCAGGAAGUUCCAGCAGCGGGAGAAGAAGGGGAAGUGUAAGAAAGCCUAAAGGAGGAGAAGGCCACGGAGCGAGGGAGAGACUGACUGUGCAUGCUGCUUUGUGUGGAGCUGGGGCGGGCAGGGACCAGCGACGGG